AUGUUUACCAUAGAGUCUGAUUCAGUGGACGAGUUCAGUGACAAUCUCUACAAUCAUAUCGAUAUGAUUACAGAUGACGAGAGACGGUUCCCAAAGAUGUUCAACGGGUGUCCGAUGUCGAGCGGGAAACUGAAAAACGCCGAGAAGUUUGACGCAAACUUUUUUACUGUCACCGAUUGGGAGGCCGACUAUAUGGACGCCCAGAUCAGGGCUAUGCUCGAGACCACCUACGAGGCCAUCGCAGACUCCGGUCAGUGUAGCAGCACUCGCCCGGAGUCGCUGAGCGGCACAAACACCGGGGUAUUUAUCGGCCAGUAUAUGGACGAAGAGUUGUUCGCCUACCGAGACUACACCCAAUUGGCCGCCUAUAAGAACUUCAUGUCGCAAACGGUGGCCAACAAAUUCAACCUCAAUGGGCCCACGUUUUCGGCGGACAGCGCCUGCGCCUCGAGUUUUGUGGCCCUAAACGAGGCCUAUCUGGCCAUCAAAUACGGCCGAUGCGACGCCGCCCUAUGCAUCGGCGUUAACAUAUCGUUCAAUCCGGGCAUUCAAUACAACUUUUUCAAACUCAAUAUGAUCUCACCCGACAGUAAGUGCAUGUGUCUGGACGAGAGGGCCAACGGCUACGCCAAGGGUGAGGCGGCGGUCACGGUGUUGGUGCAGCGCCGGCCCCGAGCCCAGCGAGUGUACGCCACUAUCGUUAAUAUCAUGUCCAAUAACGACGGCUAUAAGCCGGAGGGCAUAACGUUUCCGAGUUGGCAAAGACAGCGGACAGUGAUUGCCAAUACGUACGCCGAGUGCGGUGUAGAUCCGGCCCGAGUUGACUACGUGGAGGCCCAUUGCACCGGCACUAAGGCCGGCGAUCCCGUAGAGAUGCGGGCCAUCUAUGAGGCUAUGGCCGCAGGUAAACGAGACAAGCCAUUAAUGAUCGGAGCCCUCAAGUCCAACAUCGGCCACACGGAGGGGGCGUCGGGUCUGUGCGCUGUCACUAAAGUGAUCCUCGCGUUUGAGAACGAGUUAAUCCCAGCGAACCUCCACUUCCGCAAAGCUAACCCGAAAAUCCGGCCGCUAAUCGACGGCCAUAUUGUGCCCAUCAAUGAGAAUACGGUGUUUGCGGGCGAUUUGGUCGGACUCAACAACUUUGGUUUCGGCGGCUCUAACACACACCUCAUACUCAGGUCGCCUAAGAUUAAGGCACAGGCGGGCAAUGACCACAUAGUGGACGACAACAGGUAUCCACGUUUGGUGCAGAUGUGCGGCCGCAGCGACCAAUCGGUCGACCAUUUCUUUCGGACACUGUUUGACAGACCAAACAAAAUCACUAGAGAUUUACUGCAUUUGAUUAAUGAGUUGUCAAAGAGUAGGCCAUACGAGCCGACGGGCACCGGGUGUCGGCCGAUGAGGUACAGAGGCUUUACGCUGGUUAGUGGCACACCGGGCGCUGAUUCUGGCCUAACCUACACACCGGUACUGAUCGAUAAAGUGGCCAAAACACGGCCGCCUCUCUGUUUUGUAUACACGGGAAUCGGCUCCCAAUGGCCGGCGAUGGCCAAGAAAUUGAUGGCCUUUGAUAUCGUCUCAAACUCUAUCCGCAAGUCGGCGAUCGUAUUGCGUGACAAAGGCGUGGAUCUGUUGGCUCUGUUGACCGACGCGAAGGCGGAUAUUAAUAAAUCGGCGUUGAAUUCAAUGCUCUCAGUGGUGGCCAUUCAGAUGGCACUGACGGAUCAGUUGCGGCACUUGGGUCUGGAGGCCGACCGUAUCGUUGGCUACUCUACCGGUGAGAUAGUGUGCGCGUAUGCGGACGGCUGUCUCACCGCUAGGGAAGCGCUUCUUGUGGCCUAUUAUUGCGGGAAAUUUAUCGACAAAAUCGCCGACAAGAAGGGCCUGAAGAGGAAGUUCAACGAUCUGAUGGCCGACAAUAUGGGCCACUGUUUGGAUCAGUAUUGCGAAGAAGUGCUGACCACUGGUUCGCCGGACGUGAACUCUUGCGUCGAGACACUGCUUCGGGCGUUGGAUUCGGUGAUCGGUUCCCAGCGACAGAAGUUGUCCUCCAAAUGGGUCUCUAAUAUCAACGAUAAUAAUAAGUGUGAAUACAUUAGCGGCAAAUACUUUGUCGAUAGCCUACUAUUGCCGGUGAUGUUGAAGACAACGUUCACCAAUGGUGUGACCAACGGGUCUGUGAUCGUCGAGUUGUCUCCCGACUCGUUGAUGGCCGAAGAGAUCGCGAAUUUGAACCCGAAUUAUACAUACAUUCCUCUAAUGAGACGAAUGGCCGACAAUUGCGACCAACUAUUGACCGGUUUGGGCCGACUCUACACACAGGGCUUUAAUGUCAGUGUAGAGAAACUGUACCCGAAGGUCAGCGGCCCGGUGUCGACGGGCACACGAAUA